AGCGACAUCGAGGCAGAAGAUGCAGCCGGCAGACAGGAGAUGGACACCACCGAAGUAUUGAGGGGGCCACCCCCAGCCGUUUGUGUCCCAGCUCCACGUGUCUCUCCAAGAUGGCCUGUAACAGCACGUCCCUGGAGACUUACCAAUACCUGCUGCUGAAUGCCAGCAACGCGACGGAACCCGGGGCCACGGCCCUGCCCGGCCCACUGAGGAUCGUGCUGGCGGUGGGGAUGCUGCUCAUGAUGGUGGUCGGCUUCCUGGGCAACACCGUGGUCUGCAUCAUCGUGUACCAGAGGCCAGCCAUGCGCUCGGCCAUCAACCUGCUGCUGGCCACCCUGGCCUUCUCCGACAUUAUGCUGUGCGUGUGCUGCAUGCCCUUCACGGCCGUCUCCCUCAUCACCGUCCGCUGGCACUUUGGGGACGGCUUCUGCCACCUCUCGGCCACGCUCUACUGGUUUUUCGUCCUGGAGGGCGUGGCCAUCCUGCUCAUCAUCAGCGUGGACCGCUUUCUCAUCAUCGUCCAGCGCCAGGACAAGCUGAACCCGCGGAGGGCCAAGACGAUCAUCGCCGUCUCCUGGGUGCUGUCCUUCUGCAUCGCGGUCCCGCUGCUCUCGGGCCGGACGUUCAUGGAGGUGCCCGCGCGCGCCCCCCAGUGUGUGCUGGGCUACACGGAGCUCCCCGCCGCCCGCGCCUACGUGGGGACGCUGGUGGCGGCAGUCUUCUUCGUGCCCUUCAGCGGAAUGCUGUGCGCCUACACGUGCAUCCUCAACACGGUGCGCAAGAACGCGGUGCGCGUGCACAACCAGUCCGACAGCCUGGACCUGCGCCAGCUCGCCCGCGCCGGCCUGCGGCGGCUGCACCGCCCGCACCAGGUCAGCGUGGACCUGAGCUUCAAGACCAAGGCCUUCACCACCAUCCUCAUCCUCUUCGUGGGCUUCUCCCUCUGCUGGCUGCCCCACUCGGUCUACAGCCUCUUGUCCGUGUUCAGCCGGCGCUUUUACUACGGUCCCUCCUUCUACGCCACCAGCACCUGCGUCCUGUGGCUCAGUUACCUCAAGUCCGUCUUCAACCCCAUCGUCUACUGCUGGAGAAUCAAAAAAUUCCGCGAGGCCUGCAUAGAGCUGCUGCCCCAAACCUUCCAGAUCCUUCCCAAAGUGCCUGAGCGGAUCCGGAGGAGAAUCCAGCCAAACACAGUCUAUGUGUGCAACGAGAACCAGUCUGCGGUUUAGGGGUUUCUGGGGUCGGGGCGGAGGUGGGGACUGCAGAGAGCAACUCUGGCGACCCGGGUUCCUGUCCUGCCCUGCUC